CGUAUUAGCAACGAAUAUUUAAUAACUCUAGUGAUAUGUAGCAGUUGAUAUUUAUCAUUCCUGAUAUUGGAGUGAAUUAAGUUCGCGAUUAAAAUAUUUGACAUAUACAAAGAAUAAUCACGACAAUAGUGUGAUAAAUCAUUAUAUAAAUAGGAACUAAAAGAUUUUUUUCAUAUAUUCGUCCAUUACUUAUUCGAAUUCAAGUAGCUCGUGCCAUCAUGACCAAUAUGGAUACAUCAGUUGUGUUUCAAAGUGUAGUAGAGCGUAUGAUGAAGUCGAAAGAUAUCGAAAAUUACAAAUUUGAAAUCGACGGUGGCACUGCGAAAUCGGACGGAUUCAUUGGUGAUGUGAUUUUCUUCAACAUUCAACAUGAAUCUGAAAAAGAGCACCUGGUCCUGAAAACAGCAAAAACGGGAGAAACUAUCAGGAAACGUAUCGAUGCUGACACCGCCUAUGACCGAGAAAUUUGCAUGUACACUAAAGUUUUACCAGCAUUGGAACAAUUCACCAGGAGAAAAGGUCUCUCAGUCAUACCAUCCUUCAUACCAAAGGUAUUGUUCAAUUUUAAGGAAAGCCUGGUUAUGGAAAACCUUAAGAUGCGAGGUUUCCACAUGUGGAACAAAAACAAAAUGAUGGGAAUGGCACAUAUAAAACUUCUCUUCGAGAAUUAUGGUGUGUGGCACGGUAUCACCAUGGCUUUCAAGGAUCAACAGCCAGAUGAAUUUUCAAGUUGUGUACAAGGUUGGAUUGACAGUAGAUUCAGUUUAAAUAAAGCCUUUGGCCUCACCACUCAUUUCAGCAGAGAAUUUUCAGAAGUGCUGAAACUGCUGGCAGAAAAAGGAAGACACGAUUUAGUUGAUGUCUAUAAGAAAUUUGAGGGGCGUAUAGAUGACUACGUUUAUAGAAGAGAUCUUCCAGAAAGGGACAUGCUUAUAAUCAGCCAUGGGGAUGCAUGGUGUAAUAACUUCUUGUUCAAAUAUAAGGAUGGCGAAAAGCAAUCCCAGCCAAAUCAAGUAUAUUUCUUAGAUUUCCAACUAUCCAGACCAGAAUCCCCAGCCACAGAGAUCAGCAGUGUCCUAUAUAAUAUGGGAGACAGGGAAUGUUUCGAAAACUUCCAAAAUUUACUAAGUGUAUACCACGACAAAUUAUCAGAAACUUUGAGAUCGUUAGGAAGUGAUCCGGAUAAACUUUUCCCGAUGGAUAUCCUGAAAAGGCAUUUGGGACAAUAUGCGUUCUUCAGUGUGUUGCAUAGUUUUAUAUAUACAAGAGUUGCACAAUGUCAACUAGACGAAGCACCAGAUUUGGGCGAGAUGGCUGAAAAUGGAAAAGACUUGGAUGGUGCUUUUGCUUUUGGAUUAAAAAACAUGGAACUAUUCUGGGAAAGAAUACUGGAAGUGUUCAUUCAUUAUGGAGAAAUUUUGAAACAGUGUUCCAAUAAAUAAAUCAAUUUGAAAAGAACUAGAUUAAUUAAUACAUACAUACACAAUGACCUAAAAUGAAGCCGUAUAAUAAUGAAGUUACUUCGUUACACUGGUGGGAUGAUGUAAAAUACAAUCCUGAAUCAAUCAAAUUUUUUUAUUCAUUAUCCAUACUAACAUUAACUUUUAUUAUAUUAAUAAACUAUAAUCCUAACUAGA